AAAACAUGUGAUGACUGAUGAGUGAUAAGCCUUAGGAUGUGUAGAGAUAAAAGGAGACUUAUAACUGCAAUGCGUUCUACAUGUGUUGCUUGUCAUAUUAUUAACAUAACAACUUUUUUUCGUUAGAAAUGAACAAAUUUUAAAAUCCGAAAGAGCAUACUUGAGUAAAAUAAUAUUGUUACUAUACUUACCAACAUCAUGUUCUCGAUCGCACAAGUCGUGGUGGCCAUCUCCUAUAUAAGCUGUGUUCAUCUUCUCCUCCACACAACAACAACCAUUCCCUCCUCUCUUGUUCCAAUCCCAAAGAUUCUAUGGCUCCCUGCAUCGAAACUUACAGAACAUGUAAACCCCAUGACGACGACUCUUCUCGGUUCUGUUACAUGAAUCUCUUCCGACCCGACUGUCGUUUCCCUCCACGAACACCCAUGACAACAAACUCGCUGGACGACAGCGGUGAUGUCUGGCUCAAGAUGCUCGAAGAAGCCAAAUCCGACACAGAGCAAGAACCCAUUUUGUCAAGCUACUACCACGCUUCCAUUACAUCGCACCGGUCGUUAGAUUCCGCUUUGGCCAACAUCCUCUCAGUAAAGCUCAGCACUUUAACCUUACCAACCAACACCCUAUACGAGAUGUUCAUCAGCGUUUUAAAAGAGAGCCCAGAGAUCGUCGAAUCUGCGAAGCAAGACCUAAAAGCAGCGAAGGAGAGAGACCCAGCUUGCUUAAGCUACGUCCACUGCUUCCUAAGCUUCAAAGGCUUCCUCGCUUGCCAAGCCCAUCGCAUCUCCCACAAGCUCUGGACUCAGGGAAGAAAGAUCCUCGCUUUACUCAUCCAAAACAGAGUAUCCGAAGCUUUCGCCGUCGACUUUCACCCCGGAGCCAAGAUCGGAAAAGGGAUUCUGUUAGACCACGCGACGGGGGUGGUGAUCGGAGAGACGGCGGUGAUCGGAGACGACGUUUCGAUACUCCACGGGGUGACGCUCGGAGGAACGGGGAAGCAGUGCGGCGAUCGGCAUCCGAAGAUCGGCGACGGUGUCUUGAUCGGAGCAGGGAGUUGUAUACUGGGGAAUAUUAGAAUAGGAGAGGGGGCUAAGAUUGGAUCGGGGUCGGUGGUGCUUAAGGAUGUGCCGCCGCGUACGACGGCGGUUGGGAAUCCGGCGAGGUUGAUAGGUGGGAAAGAGAAUCCGAAAAUGGUGGAUAAGGUUCCCGGUUUGAGUAUGGACCAGACUUCAUACUUAACCGAGUGGUCUGAUUAUGUCAUCUAAACCAACUGUAAUUAUUUCCCAUUUUUCUGA